UUCACUUGUACUUCAAACCUAUCAGUUUCUUGUCACAUUCUAACUGGAAAUAACUCAAUUAACAUGAAAUUCGUCUUCGCCUUCGCUUUGAUUAUUGCUGCUUUGGCUUGCAUCAAUGCAGAUUGUGAUCCUGAUGGCAAUGGACAACCUGACUGCACUGGAGUAACUGCUCGUACGGUAUACCGUAACUUCUGGGAUCCUACACGUUACUGGGUUUGCUCCUCAGGUCAACUUUCCAGCGAAAAUUGUCCUAUAAAUACAGGAUUUUUAACAAUAGGCGGAUGCGUUGACUGGAGCAAAUGGGAUUGGGUUGCCCCAUGUCCCGCUGCCUAAUACAGAAUAAUAUUCGAGCAAAUUUGAAGUGAUUUAAAAACAAUAAUAAAAGUGUGAAACUAUAUGCAAAAAAGUU